AUGGCCGACGAGACGAAGCCAGAAGCCGCCGCCCCAGCGGCCGAGGUGGCUGUGACGGAGGCCGAGAAGAAGGCAGAGGAGCCCGCCCCGGUGGCAGAGGAGAAGGCCGUGGAAGCGGCGGCUGAGGAGAAGGCCGCGGAGGCAGCUGAGGAGAAGGCCGUGGAGGCGGUUGAGGAGAAGGCGGCGGAGGUGGACUCGGAGGAGGAGAAGAAGGCGGAGGAGGCCCUGGAGGCCGCCGCGGGGGAUGAGGCGGCGGUGAUCGACGGCACCGGGUCGUUCAAGGAGGAGAGUAACCUGGUGUCCGAGCUCCCCGACCCUGAGCGCACGGCGCUCGCGCAGCUCAAGGAGCUCGUCGCCGCCGCGCUCGCCAACGGGGAGUUCAACCUGCCGCCGCCACCACCACCGCCGGCAGCCAAGGAGGAGGCCAAGAAGGAGGAGCCGGCCAAGGAGGAGGCAAAGGAAGAAGCGCCGGCGGCCAAGGAGGAUGAGCCCAAGGCAGAGGAGGCGGCCGCCGAAGAGCCCGUCAAGGAGGAGGCCAAGCCUGAGGAGCCCAAAACGGAGGCGCCGGUGGAAGCAGCGGCCGAGGAGGCUAAGGAUGAGGCUCCCGCCCCGGAAGAGCCCAAGACUGAGGCUCCCGCGCCGGAGGAGCCCAAGGCCGAGGCGGCGGCUGAAGCGGUUGCCGAGGAGCCCAAGGCCGAACAGGCGGCCGAGGAGACGAAACCAGCUGAGCCGGAGCCGGAGGAGAAGGCGGUCGUGGUCGCCGAGGAGGAAGCCACCAAAACGGUGGAAGCCAUCGAGGAGACCGCCGUCGUCGCGGCCGCAUCUGAGCCUGAGGCGGAGGCCGCGCCGCCGGCGCCGGCGGCCGAGCCGAAGGAGGAGCUGAUCUGGGGCGUGCCGCUGGUGGGCGACGACGAGCGCACGGACACGGUGCUGCUCAAGUUCCUCCGCGCGCGCGAGUUCAAGGUGAAGGAGGCCCUGGCGAUGCUCAAGUCGGCGGUGCUGUGGCGCAAGCGCUUCGGCAUCGACGAGCUCCUGGGCGCCGACCUCGGCCUGCCGGAGCUGGAGAACGUGGUUUUCUACCGCGGCGCCGACCGCGAGGGCCACCCGGUCUGCUACAACGUCUACGGCGAGUUCCAGGACAAGGAGCUCUACGAGAAGGCCUUCGGCGACGAGGAGAAGCGGGAGCGCUUCCUCAAGUGGCGCAUCCAGCUCCUCGAGCGCGGCAUCCGGGAGCAGCUCGACUUCUCGCCCAGUGGCAUCUGCUCCAUGGUGCAGGUCACCGACCUCAAGAACUCGCCGCCCAUGCUCGGCAAGCACCGCGCCGUCACACGCCAGGCUCUCGCCCUGCUCCAGGACAACUACCCCGAGUUCGUGGCCAAGAAGGUGUUCAUCAAUGUGCCGUGGUGGUACCUCGCGGCGAACAAAGUGAUGAGCCCAUUCCUGACUCAGCGCACCAAGAGCAAGAUCGUCUUCUGCAGCCCUGGCAAGUCUGCGGAGACCCUCUUCAGAUACAUCGCGCCAGAGCAAGUUCCGGUCCAAUUCGGUGGCCUGUACAAGGAGGAUGACACCGAGUUCUCCACCUCUGAUGCUGUCACCGAGCUCACCGUGAAACCAUCCUCCAAAGAAGCCAUUGAAAUCCCAGCCACCGAGAACUCCACCGUCGUGUGGGAGCUCCGCGUGCUGGGAUGGGAGGUGAGCUACGGCACCGAAUUCACCCCCGACGCAGAGGGCGGCUACACCGUGAUCGUGCAGAAGACGAGGAAGGUGCCGGCCCACGAGGAGCCGAUCAUGAAGGGGAGCUUCAAGGUCACUGAGCCCGGCAAGGUGGUGCUGGCCGUGAACAACCCGGCAUCGAAGAAGAAGAAGCUGCUGUACCGGUUCAAGGUGAAGAGCACCGCCGAAUCCGCCGCCGCCUGA